AUGGACAAAUAUACCGUAUUUAGGUCCGUUUUAAUAUUUUUGUUGUUAUGUUAUGGCAAAAAGUUCGUAGACGCGAACGAACGGAACCAACCGGGCUCAAUAUCGCAACCAAAUUCUGGUAUAAUCCCACCACAGAUUGUAAGAAGGAAUGAAUCAAUUCCGUUGAAUCAAUCUACAGGAUUCCAUCAACAAUCUGCGCCAAACCAGGGGGUACAGCAGGGAUCUCAGUACUUCACUGAAAUUAAGAUUAACCGAACUGCGCGUUGCAAAUCCAUUAAUCUCAUCUCUCUCAACCUUGACAUUAGGAGAAGCACAAAUGAGGUCAAUUACAGCUUACAAGAUGGAACUCACAAUUUCAUCUGCAAGGAAGGAUUCCUAAUUAAUGAGGUGACAAAGGAUAACACUGUUGUAUGGGUACCCAAGACCAGUGCUUAUGCCUAUGGAAUGGUAUUCAUCGAGAACUAUGAAGGAAGGCCUAAGCUAACAGCCCUCAUUGAUGACGACGAUUUCGGUCAACCUCAGAACUUUCAACCACCACCUCAACCUGCUCAAGUUCAACAGCCACGGCCUCAAGCACGACCUGCUCAGCCCGCUCAAUUUCAACAGCCACAGGCCCGACCUGCCCAGCCACAACAUCCCCAGGGUCAGCAACAACAACUGUUCCAACAACAGCCUCCUCAGCACACUGUCCAAGAAGUGUUCCAUACUCCUAUGCCGUCUCAAGAAAACCCUGUUCCUGAUAGCGAUAUUGCCCUUAACGACAUUUUUAUCGUAGACCGCAACGACUCCCCUGGUUCCGCUGAUUCCGAUGACGUCGAAGUUAGACGUGGCAAUUCUGAUUCUUCCUAUGUUUCUGAAAAUUACGGCAUUGAUAACGAGACUAGUGACAUGGAAUUCCUAAACCACAGUCCAAAAAGAAGACCAGCUUCCUCUGACGGGAGCUAUAAUGGAAAUGGUCGUGGAAGAAACUACGAAGAAUUUACGAUAGGAUCACAGGGCGAACCUCUGUAUAGCUCCGGGUACAGCGACGGCUCCGAUCGGAGCAGAGGUCGUAGGAGUAGAAUUCCGAGGCCGUCGAAACAUGGUCCAGUCACUUCUGAAGUUAGGAAUAUAAUCGUCUUAGACGUUGGGAUAGGAGACAACCUGGGUUACGAUAUGAUUGAAAAUCCUAAUAAUGUCAUUUUCAAAGCCAAGCAGAACUUCCUGUUUAACAAGGUCAAGAAUGGCAAUCAAGUCGUUUGGGAGCCUAAAAACCCUGGCGAUUAUGCCAACAAAGUCCUUGUUAAAAUCGAAAAGGAUAACAAACUCAGCUACGAAGUGUUCAUUCAUGAGGAGCCUGUUGAGGAUGAUGGUGAUGUUGAGGCGAUUCCAGUUCAUGUUAGCAAACGUCAAGAUCAUCCACCUGUUCAUCCACAUGUUCAGCCACAUGUUCAACCACAACAUGCCCAAAGUCAAACCUUUGCACCUGAUGUUAACAUUUUAACUCUCGACAUGAGAGGUACUUUGAGAGUCAACGAUUUUAAUCACUUCAUGCUGACGAGACACUUGAACAUCCUGAAGUACCAGUUCAUUAACGACGCCAAGUGUGUUGAGGUUAAGUAUCUUAGAGAAACUGUUUGGAAAGCUGAGCAACAUUUCCCACUUUCUGUUGCGUUCAACAGAUCCGAUAACACCUUCGUCAUCGAUUUUGGUACUGCGUACGUUCACUGCAAAAAGACUGGCAACACUUGGACUAACGCUACGCAUCAGUAUAGUGCCGGAAACGACCAACUGGGCGUCAAAUAUAACCAAUCGUAUCCCCGAGACGUAGGCAACGCAGUUGAGCCAAAAAGCGACGUGACCCCUCUGGCCCAUAAAGCCACGGCUAUCGUUGACAUCGAUACUAGAAAGUCUGCCAACGAAUUUGAGUUUUCCAAGAAGAGCGACGACUGUGGUACUUAUACUCCUAAGCACAACUUUAUUUUUAAGGUCGUGAAGGGCAGCGUUACGAGAAUUGGCGGCAAAGUCGACAUCUGGCAUCCAGAUUCCGAAGAUGAGUACGUCACCAAGGUCGUCAUCGACGGCGUCAGCUUCAAUGCCAAGGUCAACAACGCAACUCUGUUCCUGGCCAACGGCAACAUCAAGCACUUCACAAUCCUGAAGAAGGAGUGGGUUGAAAUUGAUCCGACCGUAAUCCUCAACAUCGAGAGCAAGAAGACCACAUGUGAGUUCGACGUCUUCGCUGAGGGCCACAUCAAAACGUUCACCCCCAAGGGCCACUUCCUGUUCCAGGGAAUUAAGCAGAGCGUCGGAAGUUCGUGUACCAGGGCCGACAUCGACAUCUGGGAGACUAACGACCCGCUCGAGUACGGCACCAAGGUUGUGGUCGUCACCAGCAAGCAGUCCGAGAAGUACGUCGCCAUGUUCCUUCUCAACCGCACCUUCAAGCUCUUCUACAAAUCAGGCAAGAACUCAAUGUGGAAAGACGAGUCAGACAUCCCGUCUACCGUUAGCAACCUUAAGCUCCUGGGCGUCGACAUUUCCGACGAUAAGUACUACGGAAUCCGUAAAGGCCAGAAGAAAGGCACCCGCGUGUCAGAACUGUCCGUCACCGAGGGCACCGGAGACCCCAGCCUGGGCGGUGAUAGAAUUCAAGUCGUGCACGGAAGUCUAGACGGCCACUUACCAGGCGACCCUAACGCCAACUACACAGCGCCAAACCUUCGAAAUAUGACACAGGCGUCAGAGCCUGUGCAGUUCACGCGAAGAAGUGCCGGUCCUUCGGGGCCUGUGAGCACUCAAGAGACGGUCAGAAAGGUGGUUGUUGAACAUGUCCCGCGCGACCCCCGCGAAAUAGUCCAGAGCGAAGAGUCAACAGUGACCUACAGAGAUAGCGGAACCUCGAUGAGCGAGGACUCCGACUACGAACACCAUUCAGGACAUUCGGAUUGGAUUCCCUUGAAACGUUAA